AUGGAUUCUUUACUUCAGGCUCUAAGAGGAAGCGUCUUCGACAGAACUGAAGUGCGACCCGUUAUAGACCCACAGAAACCCACCAACAUCACCAUCGACAUGUACAUCUACGGCAUCCUGGACGUGGAUGAGAAGGGACAGGUGCUGGACAUGUUCAUCUGGCUCUACCUGUACUGGGAGAUCGAGGGUCUGUACUGGGAUCCGGAGGAAUGUGGAACAGAUCGAGUCUCUCUGCCCAGAACCGUUCUCUGGUCGCCCGACAUCGUUAUUAACGAAUUGUACAGAAGCCACACCCACUUUACUAAGACCGACAGGUACACAAGCCACACCCACUUCACUGUGGCUGAUGGUAUGGAUGAGAACAGAGCCCCGCCCACCUACUUCGUCUACGUUAAUAACCUGGGGGAGGUCGAGGACGAGCAGUCGAUUCACGUCAUCAGCUCGUGUAAUCUGGACAUCUACACCUUCCCCUUCGACGUUCAGAACUGCACCUACUCCAUCUACUCCUUCCUGCACCGCGCGGUGGACGUGCAGCUGUUUUUUGCAGAUGAAAUGAAGAACGUGUUUCAGAACUCGCUGAGCACCAUCGGCACUAACGGCGAGUGGGAGCUCAUCAACCUGAUCCCAGUCAAACCAGCAAAAAGUCCCGACUUCAACCCCAAGGAUUACUGGGACAGUCUGGUGAUCCACAUCAUACUGAAGCGUAAAUCCUCCCUGUACGUGGUGAACCUGCUGCUGCCCAGCUGCUUCCUGGCGGCGCUCGACGUGCUCAGCUUCCUCCUGCCGGUGCAGCACGUGGACCGCUCGGCCUUCAAGAUGACCCUGAUCCUGGGGUACACCGUCUUCCUGCUGCUGAUGAACGACCUGCUGCCGGUCACAGGGAACAACAUCCCGCUCAUCAACGUGUUCUUCUCGGUGUGCCUGGCCCUCAUGGUGGUCAGUCUGAUGGAGACCAUCAUCGUCACCAACAUCAUCUGUAACGCCGCCAAGUACCCGCCGGUACCCGGCUGGAUCAGGACACUAACGUACGUGUUCUUCUCGGUGUGCCUGGCCCUCAUGGUGGUCAGUCUGAUGGAGACCAUCAUCGUCACCAACAUCAUCUGUAACGCCGCCAAGUACCCGCCGGUACCCGGCUGGAUCAGGACACUAACGUACGUGUUCUUCUCGGUGUGCCUGGCCCUCAUGGUGGUCAGUCUGAUGGAGACCAUCAUCGUCACCAACAUCAUCUGUAACGCCGCCAAGUACCCGCCGGUACCCGGCUGGAUCAGGACACUAACGUACGUGUUCUUCUCGGUGUGCCUGGCCCUCAUGGUGGUCAGUCUGAUGGAGACCAUCAUCGUCACCAACAUCAUCUGUAACGCCGCCAAGUACCCGCCGGUACCCGGCUGGAUCAGGACACUAACGUACGUGUUCUUCUCGGUGUGCCUGGCCCUCAUGGUGGUCAGUCUGAUGGAGACCAUCAUCAUCACCAACAUCAUCUGUAACGCUGCCAAGUACCCGCCGGUGCCCGGCUGGAUCCGGACUCUCUUCCUGCGCUACCUGGCACGACUGUUCUUCAUGGGGAGGAAAACAGACUCAGGGAGUACGAGUGCUGGUGGGAAUGACGUCGGAAAUGUUUCCUCCUGUAAGAACCCAGAGAAAGCACCGGCGCAGCAGGAGGAGCUCAGCGGCUCCUCAGAAGAACCGGUUCUGCAGGAACUGAGAUCCAUAAGCUCGACUCUGUCUCUGGUCCGUCAGCAGAUGGACGAUCAGCCGAGCGGCGGGUCGGAUUUAGAGGACGACUGGAUCCGGAUCGGUCUGGUGAUCGACCGCGGCUUCUUCAUCGUCUACAUCCUGUUCAUCAUCGUCAGCUUCACCACCAUUCUCACCCUGUGGCUGCACUGUGUAGAGAUGAGUUGUGGCACCCACUCGGCCAUGCCCCCCUCACCCCACCAUGCCCCCCCUGCCGUGCCCCCGCUGGUUUUAAUGUGCGAGUCGCAUCACAGCGGUCCGACGUACGAGUCCCUACAGGAAGUGUUCGACAGGAAGCCGUUUCGCCCGGCGGUGAACCUGAGUAACCCCACCAUCACCAACAUAUCCUUCACCCUGUACGCCGUGCUGGGCGUGAACGAGAAGACUCAGAUCCUCACCACCUUCCUCUGGCUGAGACUGUACUGGUUCCAUGAGUUCCUGAUCUGGGAUCCGGCCGAGUGUGAUGGCAUCACCAAGAUCUCGCUUCCCGUGAACAAUCUGUGGACACCCGACGUCAUCGUCUACGAAUUCGUGGACGACGACGUGUCCCAGGCGUGUCCCUACGUGUACGUGAACCACACGGGUCACAUUCGGUACGACCGGAUGCUCAGGCUGGUGACGGCGUGUAACCUGCAGAUCUUCAGCUUCCCGUUCGACGUCCAGAACUGCACCUUCACCUUCGGCUCCUACAUGCACACCAUCCGAGACGUGAGGGUGAAGCCGGCGCUACCGUUUGACCAGAUGUCUGGAAACUCCAAGAGUUACCUGGAGGCGAGCGGCGAGUGGGAACUGGUGGUGAUCCUGGGCGAGGCAGGAAUCCUCAAAUUCGGCGUCGACGAGUGGGACAUCAUCACGUUCUGGGUGGUGAUCAAGCGGAGGCCGAUCCUGUACGUGGUGAACCUCUUGAUCCCGAGUUCCUUCCUCAUGAUCAUCGAUAUUCUGUCGUUUUAUUUGCCGCCGCACAGCGUGGACCGCGCCUCUUUUAAAAUGACGCUGAUUUUGGGCUACACCGUGUUUCUGCUCAUCAUGAACGACCUGCUGCCCAGCACCGCCAACGGCACACCCAUCAUCGGUAUCUACUUCUCUGUGUGUUUGGCGCUCAUGGUGAUCAGUCUCUUGGAGACGGUGGUCAUCACUAACGUGGUCCAUCACAACUCCAUGAAGUACCGGCCGGUUCCUGGCUGGGUUCGGAUCGUGGUGCUGAAGUACAUCGCCCGCUCCAUCUGCUACACCGCCCCCGGCCUCCACAACACCCCACACACACACACCGUCGCCGAGCAACAGGUCAUCUGGAGCACGCAACAAUCACACUCUGAGAUCAAACAACACACACACGGGAACGGUGACAGUGCCCUGUCUGUACCCGAGCUGGAGGAGAUAGCGGAGUGUGUGCGGGCGAUGCGUUCUCACCUGACGUUGCUGCAGAAGGAGGAUCUGCUGCAGGAGGAGUGGUGCCACGUGGGUUACGUCCUCGACUUCCUGCUGUUCCGCAUCUACCUGCUGCUCAUCACCUGUUACGCCCUCGUCAUCAUCUUAAUGUGGUGCAUCUGGAUGUACCAGUGA